AUGUACACCGGCGUGAUCCCGCUGCCCAACCUGGUGGGUGCGGUGCAGCGGCUUGUGGUGAACGGGCAGAUCCUGGAGAACCUGGGCGAGGGCGUGGCCGCCGCGUCCAGGUGGGAGGGGCCACCCUGCACGGCGCACACGUGUCUGCACGGCGGCGCCUGCCAGCCCCGGCUCAACUCCUUCCUCUGCCGCUGCCCGGCGCGUUUCCGGGGACCGCGCUGCCAGUACGUCGAUACUGAAGAAGCUACUGACUCGACGCCAGUGAAGUUCACUGGCAACACUUACGUGAAAUUGUCACUCGCUGCAGAUACAAGUAUUAAUGGCUCUAUGAAGCACGUAAUAAAUGAGACAUUAAUGUAUAGUGAUAAUCAAGGAGGAAAUGAAAGACUCCUUGAUAUAACUGGAAAUGACAUUUACGAACAUAGCGAUUACGAUGAAGAAGACAAGGAUGACGAUGAGAGUGACAUAGGCGGCAAUCACUUAAUAGAAGGAGACACCUCAUUUUCUCCUGAGAAACAGGCUGACUUUGAAAAUCUGGCAUAUCAUACUUCACCAGUUGGAGAAAUAAAUGGGAGAUUUUUUCACUAUGAGGUCACAUUUCACACACUGGAAGCUAGCGGCCUUCUGUUAUGGAAUGACAGAAAGACUAGGCACAGAAGUAAUUAUGUGGCUCUUGCAAUUUCUGAUGGGUAUUUGGAACUUAGGUACAGACUUGGUAAAACCAAAUACUCAGCUUCACUUCAGUCGAAGGUUUAUGUAAGUGAUGGCAGAAUACAUACGGUAGUGGCAGAGAUUCACUGGAAAUACAGUUUUCUCCAAGUGGAUGAUGACCAUCCGAAACAAAAAUUCACUAAAGGCAAUAAUAUCAGACGAUCCUUGGUACAGGAUAUAUGGAUAGGCGGAAUGGGAAGCUUACCAUCAGGACUACCAACGGCAUACUACUCAGGAUUCUUAGGCUGCAUGCACAGGCUCGUUGCACAAAAAGAACUAAUAGAUCUACAAAGUGGAGAGGCAAGCAAUAUUACACUUUCACACUGUAAUGAGAAUGAAGUGUAACCGGUGCUUUAUGUCAUGUUAGUUUGAAAACGAGGAUCAUGUUGAUGAGAAAUCAUGCCAACUAUGCAUACACACAACCUCUAUUCCUCUGUAUUUAUGUAUGACAAACAUAUCUGACCAAUGUGUCAUGGGAUCACUGUACCGAAUAGUGAUAACUCAGUAACUAUUUGUAAUGUCAAUGGUGCUAUAUAAAAAUACAUUGCGACUGCUGAGUUGGGUACAUAACAGUAAAAUUCCGCGCGAAAUAAAAAAACAUAUUUCUGUUAUGUAAUUUGUAGAAGUUAUACUGUGGCUAAAUCAGACAUUAAAUUCUGUCUACAUUGGUGUACACAUUGUAUAGUGCAAAUGAAAAGAGUCAUGAAAUUAAUAUCAUGGCCUGCAGACUAAAUGUAAAAUGUGGCACAGCAGCACAGGACAUUCAGAGUUUAUAAAGGAGAUUACUAAACUGCGCUUCUCGGACGGUUUGACACCCUUGCAUAUACAUUCUGUAAGAAUUAAAACAUUUAUUUUUGCUGUGUGUUAUCGAUACACAGAACAAAAAUGUGCAUACUACACCCCUGUAGGUAUUUGUAUCAAAAAUUAUUAUGUACUGAAUUAUUAUCACGUGAAAGAAUUAUCAAAAGAACCAGUAGUUAUUAUCGAUAUUCACACAAUGGUUACGCAUAUUCAGUAUAAAAUUGUUUUCAAGUUGUAGGGACACAGUGUACUACAGAAAGUCGUGAACAGGACAACAUUGUUCAUCAUAUUAGCUUCUGUUUUAUUUGAGAUAUUAAGCUAUUUAAUGCAGUCAUCAAAAGUCUCCCAUAAAGAAAUACAGAGAAAUACAAAAAACGUAACAAUCCCCGUAACUACAGUUUGUUUUGCGUUGCUGUGGACGAUGUUCGAAGACUAAUUUUCUUCAGUCAGUAAUCAAUUUGCUAAACUUAUGCUCGUACACUGCACGCUGUAAUUUAUUGUGUAGCUUGUACACAUCUCAUGUCUAUGAAACCGAAGUGCUUCAUACCAUGUGCUCAAAGUGUCUCUAUCCUGUUUGCUUUACUAUACUUUUAUUUAUACUAACAACUGAUUUUAUUGCAUGUUUCUAUGAAGAAAUGAAAACCCUAAUAUUGCAGGUGCCACAUACUGCCAAGUUUUCUACUAAGCGACCUACUUUCUCAAAAAAUAAUCAGUAUUACACGAAAUUUUGUACAAAAUCUUCAGAUUUUUGUAUGUGAUUCUAAA